GGCUGUUUUCAACAUGGCAGGCAGCAAGUUGGUGCUAGAAGGGAGGAUCAGUAUUAUUAGCUUUAUCUCAGGACUGGCCGUCAUCAUAAUACCUUUACUUGUCAAAUUCGGCUCUCACGUGGACUGGAUAUUCGAUUACCUCACAGACGUGAAUGGCAAAAUAGCCAUCGCGGCGUAUAUUACAGUUAUCAAUGGCUUCCUGCUAAUCAUAUACAAGGGACCUUUAUAUAAGGUGGCUGUUCGAGCCUGCUUUCUUGGAUUUGCCUUUGGAUGUGGUCUCACUUUAAGUUUUGCAGAUACAACAUGGACACACUUUGGAUGGUAUAUGUGUUCACUGUCCUUUUUUCACUACUCGGAGUACCUGGUUACUGCCAUCAUUAACCCGCGCAGUCUUUCUCUGGACUCCUUCCUGCUCAACCACAGUGUUGAGUACACAUUAGCAGCUGUUUCCUCCUGGCUGGAGUUCACUGUAGAAAAGCUCCUCGUUCCAGAGAUAAAGCAGUUGAACUGGCUGUGUUUAGUCGGUUUGGUGAUGGUUAUGUGUGGGGAGGGUCUGCGCAAAGCUGCCAUGUUGACAGCAGGGUCCAACUUCAACCAUAUAGUGCAGAAUGAGAAGGCCCAGAGCCACGUUCUGGUCACCACUGGAGUUUACGCCCUCUUCAGACAUCCUUCCUAUGUGGGCUGGUUUUACUGGAGCAUCGGCACUCAGAUAAUGCUGUGCAACCCAAUAUGUAUACUGGGAUAUACGGUCGCCAGCUGGCGGUUCUUUCGGGAGCGUAUCGAGGAAGAGGAGAUCUCGCUCAUCCAUUUCUUUGGAGAGGACUACAUAGAGUACAAGAAGAAGGUCUUCACUGGCUUGCCCUUCAUCUCAGGAAUCAGGGUUAAUUCCUAAAUCCGUGCUGCGUCGAGUGAAGGAAAUAGCCUGAAAGUGCACACCCGGACACUUCUGACUGGCACUCUGAGCGAGCUGCUUGCCUGGUGGCAUCAUGGUGCGGCCCCUGAGGCAGCACAGAUAAAUGAGGUGGCAGCACAGUAAAACUGACCCGAUGAUCUGCUCUGAGACACAUUGGUCUGCUCUGAGCAUAGUGGAGCUUCCACCACCAAUAUCAUCAAAGAUACAAGUUUUUUCAGCAACUGUUUUUUUCCUACUUCAUCAUAUUUCUGUUCUGUCUCAUUUACAUUCCAUUCAUAAUUCAGAUAUCCUCUUAUUUAUAGUCAUUGCACCAUGAAAUUUCAUACACUGGUUUUGCGUUUGGUAUUUGUAAUCCCCUGGAUUUUGUGGUUAGAAACCUUAGAGGUUUGAUUCAGCGCAUCGGUUGCUUAUAAAUGUCCAGAGAUUUUCAGUAGAUUUCUUUUACAGACUUUAAAUUGGACCUAAGGUAUAUUUAUUCCAAUGGCAACUUGGAUGUUAAUUUUGUGUAAAAAUGAGUUUAAUAUGUCAGAAAGGGGGCUUUUUUACAUAUAUAUUGCACUCAUUCUGUCAGUCACAACAGGCCUACAAAUUAAAACUGAUUUCAGACAAUCUCUAAAUAUCUGUCAUUUGUAAAUGUUUUUUGACAAUUUUAAUACAAUUAUUAGAGAAAUAAACAUAUUAUCAAUUACAGCUUUAACUCUUCUGUUGAAUUCCCUUGUUCCCAUUGGUCUUUACAGUCCUCCAGUCAUGUUUCUUUGCAUCUGACUCCAUCCGUCUUCACUCCCACACUUGCUCAUUACCAUAUCUUUUUCGCUUUCCCUCACACUUGCAUGAUAUUUCAAGAAGAAAAAUCUGUUGUCCGGAAAGUGGGAUUCAGAGGGCCGAACGCCGGAGGGUUUGCUGUAUCCAAAGUCGUACUCUUUCCAGUUUGACAUUUCUGGGAGGAAGGCUCCACUCUCCUCCUGGCAUGAUGUAGCUUAUAUAGACAUUGGGUAAAGAAUAGAAAUUUCUUGCACACUUUAAACCAAUGAUGAGCACUAUAAUAUAUGCGUACAGGUAAUGGACAUUUGAACACAUGCAAUAGGUUUCUAUGAUGUAAGAGUUGCACUGCGUGCGAAAAGCUGACGGGAGAGGACCAUCCUACCUCUUGGAUGAUAACUGUACCACUUACAUUAUUAACAUCUUCAGCGAAAUGUAACAAACCUUUAAAAUAAACACUGAAUCUGAUGUUUA